AUGGCUAAUGCUAAAUUACCUUUUGAGGAACAUGACAUUGUCAUCGUUGGCGCAGGCCUCAGCGGCAUCAACGCUGCUCACCGGCUGAAAACUGACCUUCCUCAUCGGUCCUUCACCAUCCUCGAGGCCCGCGACGUGAUCGGUGGGACAUGGAGCUUCUUCAAGUAUCCGGGCAUACGUAGCGACUCGUCUCUCCGGUCCUUUGGCCUUCCCUGGCACCCCUGGAAACACUCUCACAAGAUCGCCACGGCCGCUGAGCUUUGCGAAUACCUCGAGGAUGCUGCCAGGACAGACGGAUCCUACGACAAGAUCCAGUUGAGACAUCGAGUUGUGCAAAGUGACUGGAGCACCGAAGAGCAGAGAUGGACCCUAGAGGUUGACGUCAACGGCUCCAAGAAGCUGAUCAAGGCCAAUUUUCUCUUCACCUGCAUUGGCUACUACUCGUAUGAAAAGGCCUUGAAGAGCCCCGUACCCGGUAUUGAGAACUUCCAAGGAACAGUCGUUCACCCGCAGUGGUGGCCAGAGAACCUCGACUAUAACGACAAGCGCGUCAUAAUCAUCGGCAGUGGAGCAACCGCCAUUACGCUGUUGCCAGAGAUGGCCGACAAGUCGAAGACUCUCACUAUGCUUCAGCGGACGCCGUCGUAUGUGCACUGGAUUGUCCGAUUCAUCGACGUCUGGCUUGAAGUCUUCAUCUCUGAACUCUGCCUGCUAUUCCCCCGCCUGGGACGCUUUCUCAUGACUCAGGAUCUAGACAAGAAAUUGCCAAAGAAGGUCGAUGCUUCAAUUCACUUCAAUCCAACAUAUGGCCCAUUUCAACAGCGGCUAUGCCUAACUCCAGAUGACGAAUUCUUCAACGCUCUGCAUCGCGACAACGUCGAGAUUGUAACGGAUGUGAUUGACACCGCUGAGAAGGACGGAAUCCUGCUCAAAUCCGGACGCAAGCUGCCGGCGGACGUGAUUGUGACGGCCACUGGUCUGUACAUACAGAUUCUCAGCGGAAUGAAGCCUCGAGUUGACGGUAAAGACGUAGACAUUGGACAGCGGUACACGUGGAGAGGCUGUUUAAUCGAAGGUUUACCCAACCUAGUAUUCAUUCUUGGUUACGUGACCACGACAUGGACUCCCGGUGCCGAUUCCACGACGAAGCUGGCCAUUCGAGUGGUGAAGCAGAUGGAGGCGGACAACGCGUCAAGCGUCGUCCCAGUCAUCGAGAGGACAGAGGGAAUGCCGCGAAUGCUGAGUACCAAUGCAAAGAGUUCCUAUUUCGUCAAGGCCGCCGACCGGAUCCCAAAAGUCACGGGCAAGGGCCCCUAUUAUGGACGUCUGAAUUUGUUCGUCGAUUUAUGGGCGUUAUGGUUUGGAAGCAUGCGAGAUGGAUUGGUGUAUACCCCGAGGGAAGCCAAGAAGACCAAAUGA